AUGUCGCUUCUCAAUUCUGCAAAUGCUGGCUACAUCAUCGCCGCCCUUUGCAUGGUCUUCUCCGCCUAUGUCAGUUCUUCUCAGAGGACUGACCUGCUCGAUCAGUCAUGUCGUCGAAUGCACUACGUACACUCUCUCCACCAGAAGUACGGAUCAUUUGUGCGAAUCUCGCCCAAUGAAGUCGCAAUCGCGGACCCCGAGUCGUUUACUGCAAUUCACAAGAUUGGCUCUGGCUUCACCAAAGGGCCAUGGUACUCUGAGGUCAUAGAUGGGCGUGAGCCAGGCAUUGUCUUCAUCACCGAUCCCAAGGAGCAUGCUGUGAGGCGCAGGCUGUUUUCUAAAACUGUUAGUAUCCCUAUUACAGGGUAG